ACAUGAAAGCCACAUACAUGUCUGAAGAGUCAAUCUGACAUAAGGUGACAGUUCAGCCUUUUUUUUUAAUUACUUUCAACAGUUCAAUACUAGUUUAUCCCACGUCUAUCGUUCUCCAGACUGCUUAAAACCCUUCUUCCCCGUUUGCAGUUUCCACACGCUCUACCCUGCCAGCUUAUUCCAUCCCGCCCCCUUGCAAGACAUCUCUCCUUCUCACCUUCUUUCCUCUCCAUUUGUAUUACUCAGCCGUCGCGACGACUCCUGCCGCCGAUAGCGGUCGUCCUCAGCGGCGCAUAGAUAGCCGCUGUCAAGAUCCUCAGGCAAGAAGUCAGCGACUCCUCUCAUACUGGCCGAGUCUACGUACCGUCGGCGCGUUCGGCCGGCGGCAAUGGCGUCGUCACCUCCGUACCGGUUCCCCGCACUCUGCGAGGAGGAGCCGACGCGACGCUCCGCCAGGCAGUCAUGCGGGACAUGCAGCGCGGCGGCGGUGGCCAACUGCGUGGCACUGUGCUGCUGCCCGUGCGCCGUGGUGAGCUGCUUCACGCUGGCGCUCGUCAAGGCGCCCUACGUGGCAGGCCGGCGAUGGGUCAGGCGCGCCAAGACGCGGCGUGUCAGCAGGGGCGUGCUGCGGAAGACGAGCCGCGUCCGGGACUUGGACGACCAGCUGUACCAGGCGGAGGGGCUGGGCGGCAGUGGCGGCGCCGCGCGGGCGAGCAAGGAGGACGACUGGGGCGGGCUGGGCAGGGCUGCCGCCUCGGGCUGGUGGGAGAACACCAACGAUGUAAAUUUGCUCGGGGAUGGCAGGAUGAGGGUGAGCGUGACGGAGAAGGCGUGGAUGGAGAUGUACGACGUCGGCCACUGGGGCUUCGGCCGGCUGUCCUUCUCGCUGGCCAGAGACGCCGCGCCCGCCGCGCAGGUGGUCAGGCACGACCCAGAGCCCCAAGAAGAUGGCACUGUUGCUGCGGGGCGGUGACAGAGUUUGUGCGGCAUGCCACGCCUUGGAUAAUUGUAUUGUGCUACAAACUUUGUUGCACGCGGUGACAUUGUGUGUGGUUUGUACGGAAAUACGGAAUGGACAGCUUGU